AUGACCGAUACAUAUGCUACAAAGGGCCUCCCGCCACCUCCCGCCGUCUCUAAAAAGACGCUACCCAUGGCGGGACUCCUCGUCGACGUCUACGGCCUCGAUGAGCUGCCUCAGAAUAAGCCAGUGACUUGUCUCUGGCUGCUUCAUCCUCGCACUCGCACACGAGCGCGGAUGCAUGAUAUUGCUAGUCGGACCAUCGCUGCCUGGAACGCCCACGCGGGGGAAGCGCCAGGGCGAGGCCUCGUCGCUUUGGCCUUUGACAUGCCUAACCAUGGGACACGGCUCGUCAGCAAGUCGGCGAAUCUGGCCUGGGAUGAUGGGAAUGCGAGCCAUGCGAUUGAUAUGAUGGGCAUGGUUAAGGGUGGUGUUACUGACAUGUCUGGGCUGAUGGACCUUGUCGCUGGAUAUCUUGGUCGCGAGGUUGAUGGGCAUGUUUGUCUUGGAUGGAGUCUCGGAGGACACAGCGCGUGGCAAGCUUGGUUUGGAGAGGAGAGGAUCGACGCCGCUGUGGCUGUCGUCGGAUGCCCUGACUUUAUAAGUCUAAUGAGCGACCGCGCUGCUAUAGCCAAGCUCGACUGUGGCGCCAACUUCGUCGGGAGCAAAUACUUUCCCAACGACCUCGUCAAGACCUGCCUCCGCCACGACCCAAAAGCCCUCCUCUUCGGAACAUCGCCCAUUCAAUCCGAUCAGUCCCGUCUAAAGUCCACACUCGACGCCCGCGUGAGAGGAAAGAGACUGCUCCUCUGCUCAGGAGCCGACGACGCGCUGGUCCCCUACGUAAACAGCCGACCCCUAGCAACACUGCUGAAGCAGGCUGUGGGCGAGGGGGGUUGGUACGAUGGUGGUUUUGUGUUGGAGGAUCGUGUUUAUGAGGGCGUGGGACAUCGGUUUAGUGCUGCCAUGGUGGAGGAUGCUGUCAAGUUCCUGGUUGAUGCGGUGCAAAGGGGGCCAAGGGGGAGGGGGAAGCCAAGAGAUGGGGAGAAGAGCGUUCUAUAG